CACAUCAACCUCCUGUGACACGUUCUCAAACCAGUCCAUCUUUAUGCCUUGGACGUUUCCGUUCCCGCUGUUGUCGUCGUCUUGAUCAACGUCCAAUCUCACUUCAUUCCUGUACCAGCCUCAUCCUGGCCACGCGCCACUUCCGCCUAUCGUCCACUCGCCCACUUGGAUGUCCACGAAUUCUCCGACUGGAACGGGACAACAUCACAAACGACCCGGCUGCGGUUUUUGGUUAUGAGAUCUUCCGACCAAUCCCCCGGAUCUUCGCAGCCUUAAUCGGGCGCAUUUACCCUCAUUCUAACCCCCAUCUCCCUUGAAACGACCAGGCGAACACGGCCAGAUAGACCUCCUCGACUGUCUGGAACCUAAGUCACCCUUCUCUCGCGGAGAGAUAUUCCUUCCUCGGACGAGACUCUGGUAGUUGUCCUCACCUUCCGUCGUCAUUGCCCUUGUCUUAUCCUCCUCUUCUUCCUCCUUCCCUCCGCUGUGUAGCAACAGUAGAAAGGCGGAAACAACAGCAUACCCCUCCUGUUGUCCUUGCUGUCAUUGGGCCAAAUCUGGUGUAUUUCAACAGCCCGAGGAAGGUCUUAUUGUCACAAUGUCCUUUGUUGACCUCAAACACAUCCCCUGUCCGGCCGGAGACAGGUGCACCGCAUUCCAAUGCCUUUUCCAGCAUAAAGAUGACAGGGAUAAGAUGGCGGCACUUUCAGCACCAGCGCCGGCACCAGCACCGGCACCGAAGACGUCAGCGACGUUGGUCAAGAGGUCGUCGACUGAUACCACGACGGAUGCAACCCAGGGUGGCCCUCGAAAACGUCUGAAAAUUGUUCAAGACGUCAGAACCCCCACCGAUUCCGCAAGAACGCCUCCUCCUGUCAAAACCACCUCAAAACAAGACACGACUGCUCCGAGACCAGACGACAUUCUGUCAGCUGUCGCUCGGCCCAUAUCACCUCCGCCUUUAAAGCGCCCCUCAUCCUCCUCCACGGCCGUGAAGAAGGCCCCCAACUCCGGUCCAGUCGCACCUUCUGUCGCUUCGUCCGACCUCAAUAAGCCGUUGAUUCACUCAACGACUCCCAUCGGAUCCUCUCCUUUAUCUGCAGUGAAUCACCCAUCCAGACACAAUACCACUACUUCAGUCACUACUCCGGCUUCUACUGCUUCUUCGCACACUCCUUUAAAAUCCAUCACAUCCAAGGCCGACUCAUCACCCAAACCCAAGCCUAGAAAACCAGAGGCUCUUACGCCUCGUUUACUCAAAUCAUCUCCGGCCAAGUUCGAUAUCCGAUACAAGCUCGUGCAGAUGAUGCACGGCGAAUACACCCGCCUCAACAACGAACUCAAGAAAACUGCCAAGGACGCUGAAGAGAAGCAACUCAUUCUCACAGACCAGGACCUCAUCUGGAGAGUCCUGGACGAAGAAGAGACUACUGCUAUCGAGAAAGGCGCCAUCUACUCCAACGUAAUCAAGAAUAAAAUCAUGCAGUACAAAAAGAUGACAGUGCUGCAGUGGAAGGACGAGAGGGUCGUCCAAAGCCGCCAGCAAACUCAAAAGGGCCCUCACAAGAAGCCGCUUGCGUCUCCCAAGAAGAUCCUUACUGGAUUGACGCCGGCGCAGGAGGUUCGGCUCGUCCGACAGCUCAUCACCCCUAUCGACGAUCUCGCUGUCCAUGGAUACGUCUCAUCUGUCCCUCCCGAGGCGGACAUCAAAAAGGCCCGUGAGGGCCUUGAGGCCGCUAAGGGCUGGGAGAAAUGCGAUCGCUGUGACAAGCGCUUUCAGAUGUUCCCGGGCAGAAGAGAAGAGGAUGGUGCCCUCGCCUCCGGCGGCACUUGCACCUUCCACUGGGGCAAAACCUACUUCCCCGAGCGCCAACUCGGCGACAGAUCCCAGCAGCCGAAGCGUUACCGUUGUUGCGGUCAGGCUGUUGGUGACUCUGCCGGCUGUCACACCAAUCCCCAUCAUGUCUUUAAGGCGUCAGACCCCAAGCGACUAGCCACAAUUCUCAACUAUGCCGAGACCCCUGCAAACCCCAACGCACCUUCCGACAGAGCUGUCUGCUUCGACUGCGAGAUGUGCUACACCGUCCAUGGUCUUGAGCUAGUUCGCCUCACUGCCACAGCUUGGCCUACUGGAGAGGAGCUUUUGGACGUCCUAGUCCAGCCGGUCGGCGAGAUUAUCGACCUCAACUCACGAUACUCGGGUGUCUGGCCCGAAGACAUGGCGUCAGCGGAGCCAUGGACUGCUCAGAAAGACGACAAAGAAGAUCCGACUCCUGCCCAAGCCAAGAAGAUGCCCAUUUCUAAGAAGAACAAGAAGAAAAUGAAGAUUGUUUCAUCCCCCGAGGUGGCACGCGACCUGCUCUUCUCUCUCAUCGCCCCCGACACCCCUCUUAUCGGCCACGGUCUGGAGAACGACUUAAACAGUGUUCGCAUCGUACACCCUACCGUAAUCGACACUGUUCUCUUAUUCCCCCACAAGCACGGCCUCCCCUACCGUCAGGGUCUGAAGAUGCUUAUGGACAAUCUUCUCAACCGCAAGAUACAGGUUGAGACGGCCGGCAAAGUCCAAGGCCACGACAGUGCGGAGGACGCGCGUGCUGCAGGUGAUCUCGUGCGCUUUAAGCUCUCUGAGGAAUGGAAGAGCAUGAAGCUCUUGGGCUGGAAGCUGGAGGGCAACGAGUUCAUACCGCCAGGCGGAAAGGUGGACGACUUUCAGGGUCAGUUGACCGUAGAGUUUCUCGAAUCUGCUCUCUAGCGACGGGCAGUCUUCGUUGAAACUUGAUUCUGAGGGGUGCGUAUUGGCGUUGAGGAGGACCAGGGAGUCCUCAGAUGCAUUGGAAGGCGUGGAACGGACACAAUGAUACCUAUCCCGUAAAAAUGGGUCUUUUUUUUAAAAUAAUAAUGGC